GUCUUGGGAGUGAAGCUUGCCUUCAACACAACUGAGACUUCAGCUGACAAUGCAGCCUUCUUUGAGAAAUACAAGGUUGGUGCAACGAUGUGCAGGAUCCUGCCACAAACACUGCAACUCUUGAAGAAAGGAACUUCAGUCAGUGCAGAAGUUAGCAGCAUGAUUGACACAUUGCUAGCUGACAAUGGUGUGGCUUCUUCCGGAAGCUUGACGGAGGAUGACUUACAAGUUCUAGUAGGUGGCCUGAUGGAGGCAGACAUGAACUACGCCCUUCAGAACUCAAUCAGAAGGAAUAUGAUGAUCAAGACUAUAUGCCAGGACAACUUUGCUCGGAAUGCCGUUGUCAUUGACAGUUUAUUGCAGCCCAGUGAAGUUGGAAUCAAUGUCUUGUUUUCCAGGACUGCUAUCCUCCAUGAACUGUCAAACCUGGGGGCAGCACAUCCUGCAUUUGACGAAUGCUGUCAGAAAAGCCGUGCCAAGUUUUUCCGUGUUGUCAAUGGAACUUUGGGAAAAGAACUGAUGGUUCGCUACAGGGCAAUUCUCGAGAAAGACCUGGCUGAGAGUGUUGAAUUUGGUAUGGACAUUGGUGAUUGCCCAGAGCAGUUGCAGCUAGCAUUUCAGUUGGUCAUUGUUGGAAUUGCUGACACAUGGCGAAGACUCGUUCUAGACUUCCAGUCCCUGCCAUUCACAUUGUUUUCAAUGGCGCACUACCCAACCGCAGCAUUUCUCAAAGAGUGGGAAAACCUGCACAAAAGAUAUGCCCAGCACAGCUGCUGUGUUGAUUGCGCCUUCACGGCAAUUUUGCUGUUGAACUUCCCCUUGACAGACUUCGAGGGCAAGCCUCCACACCAGCAAGACAUGGUGUGCGCAGAGAUAAAGCAGUUGCUGUUAGACAUUUCUACAUUUGCUCCCUUAUCCAGUGACUUAGUGGAGAUCAAGCACGGUGUGGUUCAAUGGGCUGUGUCAAGGCUCGCCUUGAACCACCAGGCAGAGAAGGACCACCCGUUGUGGACAUCCGCUACCCAAUAUGGAGACAGUUCUGGUGCUUUGCGAUUGUCUGCGAUUGACGUAGACACAGCGGACGAGAGCAUACAGUGCUUCUUGGACAGAUGCAUCCACUGCACACCAGGAUGUACUGACCCACCACCAGCCGAUUUUGCAGACCAAUGCGUGCCAUACCAGUGUGAACAGGGUUCUCAAAGCACAGCUUCGAAAAUGGCAAGGGCGCUAUACUACAAGCUCGUUGAUCAAAAGGCAAAACCUGGGACACUUGUUUGCUUGUGUGAGUCAUUCACCUCGGAAUCCUACGCUUACCUUCUUGGUGUUACCCAGCAAAGGCCACUUAUGCAAACAUUUGUGCACGUGACGUUCAAGGGGAAUGGUGACAUCCACUUCAUCUGUGUCGAUGACGUUCCAGAAGUCUCAACCUCACAUCAAAUUUUCAACCUCAUUGCUGCCAGAACAAACAACACAGAGUUCACAGUUGACGUUCAGAUGUGGUCCUGCGGCAUGAAGUGGGUUGACGGUCACUCGCUGAUUGCACAUGCAGAAGCUAUUGUUGCUGAUUUUUGCUUAGACUCAGCAAGCCUCCAACGGAGACAGCCGGAAAAAGUUCCGAUGCCAUUUGGGUUGAAGACAAACAGGCCCCGAAAGAAAGCCUUGCGCAAAGAGAAAACCAAGCAAGGGCCAAGAGCAAAAAAGACUCUGCCUGUCAACUUGGAAUCAGAAUCUGAGUCCCAGUCUGACAUGGAGAGUGACAUAGACCUCGAGGCAGAAAGCAACCCCAUACAACCCAUUUCGGACACUAUGGUCAUGGAGGCUGAGUCAGCGAAGGAGGUGGCAAGGGAGAUUGACGCCACUGAUGAGAUGAAAGCCAAUCUGGCUGAGCAGUUCAAAGCUGGUGAACUGAAACCGUCCACCAGCUUUUUCAGCAAAACACUUGGGCUGGACGAUGCCGGAUUCGCUGCCUCUAGUCGGAGCAUUUGUCUUGCUUGCAAACGCAACAUCGGCAAGGGAGAUGUGAGGUUCUCAUGGUAUCAUAGCACCUUGAAACCGCAUUCAUGGGUGCACUCUCACUGUGUAGCGCAGCUUGUAGAAAGCACGGGCUUGCGAGACAGAGCCAUAAGUAGGUUGACAGAGAUCUCCCAGAGGGCAGGUGGUAGCCAAUCUGGAUCUUUGCAGGCAGAGGCCAAGACCAUCCUUCGCAUGUUGCAAUGUUGA